AUGUCGGCCCCGACCGCGGCGAACACCCCGCUCGGCGACGCCUUGGAGAAGUCCGUGUGGGAGCUCCAUCAGCUGGAGAAGAUCUUAGAGCUCGGGGCGCCGAGCGACGACAGGGUGAUCGAAAAGGUUGAGGAUUUCAUGAAGACGCUCCCAAAGCUGCGAGAGGCGAGCGACGCCUCGGGAUCGAUCGAGAUCCCGGUGGACGUCGUGCGCGAGGUGGAUCAGGGGAAGAAACCGAUGGGGUACAUGAUCAAUCAGAUCUUGGCCGCGGGAAGGGCGAACGAGGUGGUCAAGGGUAAGGCGAACGUGUACAGGGAGUUCGUGGACGCCCUUGAGGCGAAAUUGGGCGAAACUGGGCAGGAGAAGACGGGUGGAGAAACAUAG